UCUAUGGUAGUGAUCGAUAAUUUCCGCCUCCGCGUGACAUUUCCAUUUUUCGGUCGUGUCCGCCAUUACAUUUUGGAGUUUGCGUAAAUUGGUCGUAGCUCUGCGAGCACACAUCACCGCGCGUUAUCAGUGACAGUUAGUUCGUGUACGUGCGUAGUAUCGCAGUGUUUCGUGGAACAAAGAGCCCCGACGUUCAAUCGUAUGUCCAUCCAGAAUCUGAACACAUUCGACCCAUUCGCCGAUGCUAUCAAAAGCUCGGAAGACGACGUUCAAGAUGGUCUAGUCCACGUCCGAAUCCAGCAGCGGAACGGGCGUAAGACGCUGACAACGGUGCAGGGCCUGUCGUCGGAAUAUGACCUGAAGAAGAUAGUGCGGGCAUGCAAGAAGGAGUUCGCGUGCAACGGAACCGUCGUGGAGCACCCGGAGUACGGCGAGGUGCUGCAGCUUCAGGGCGACCAGCGCGAGAACAUUUGCCAGUGGCUGACUAAGUCGGGCCUCGUCAAGCCCGAGCAGCUCAAGGUGCACGGCUUCUGAGCCCGCGCUCGUACACACGUAACAUGUUCACCGUUCAUAGUCUUCUUAUAUUAUGAGAGCGUGCGCGUUAUUGUAAAACCCUAUCGAAUAUGUAUUUAGAAAGCACAGACGUUUACAGAGAAGAGAUUACACGGCCGCAGUGGCCAUCCGCACCCUGUGCCUUGCGACUCCCAUGUAAAAAGUUUAAUAUUAUAUAUAUUAUCGACGCCGUCUCACGUCCUUAGUUGCAAUUAAACUGAACGAAAUAGUAAUAAUCGCUUUUUGUUUUUUACGACAUUGUAUUUUUAAAUUGCUGUAAUGAUUCAAUUAAUAAUAAAACGAUUACACAUGUUUUUAUACUA